AUGCGCCUUCUAUCCUUUGGCGCUGUCGUUCUGACUGGCAGCGUGCUGGCUCACCCUGGCCAGGACCCUACAAAAGAGGCUCUUGAGCGACGUGACUACAUCAAUUCAGUGCCUAUAGAGAGAAGAUCUCUUAAGCACUGCGCUCGCCACUGGGAGGAAAGCGGCUUGGCGGCUCGCAAUCAUGCACGCCGUGCUGCUCUUGUUCAGAACGAGCGAAAGAAGCGAGCUCUUAAGAAGCGAGCCAUUGAGGAUGUCUUGGAGAAAUCGCAUAAUAAGACUGAGCUUGGCUACACUCCUGGAACAGACCCAGAGACUCUUUUUUCUGGUAUCAACUCUUGUGUUCUCACCCCGGAGGUUACACAAGGCCCAUACUAUGUUGGCGGUGAGGAUAUCCGCGACAAUAUUGUCGAGACUCAACAGGGUGUGGACAUUCUUCUCGACUAUCAAGUCAUUGAUGUUGAUACCUGUGAGCCUGUGCCAUCGGCCUAUUUGGAGAUGUGGCAUUGUAAUUCAACUGGCAUUUACUCUGGCGUUAAUGCCGAUGGCAACGGAGACAGCAGUGAUCUGUCCAAUAUUGACAAGACCUUCCUUCGUGGCAUUCAGGAGACUUCCGAUGAUGGCGUGGCUGGAUUUACGUCAAUCUUUCCUGGUCAUUAUACCAGCCGUGCUACACAUAUCCACGUCCUAAUUCACACAAAUGUCACGGUUCUCGCUAAUGACACUCUUGGUAACGACAUCUACGCCAGCCACGUGGGCCAAACCUUCUUUGAUCAGAACUUGAUUGACGAGGUCGAGGCUCUGGCCCCAUACAACACCAACCAGCAAGAACUCACUCUAAAUGAGAACGAUAGCAUUUUGUCUGAGGAGACGCGAACUGAUGGCGUGGAUCCUGUCUUCGAGUACACUCUUCUAGGUGACUCUGUUGGUGAAGGCCUCUUCGCCUGGAUUGCGUUUGGGAUAGACACCACGCAGUAUCAAGCAAUUAAACCAGCUACUUUCCGCUACCAGGAGGGAGGAGUCGAAAACCCCAACUCCGGCCCGCCGGGCGGCGGUGAGGGCGAGGGCCCUGGUCAAAGCGGCACCCCGCCAGGAAUUCCUUCAUCGACUGGCACUCCUUCGUCGAGUAGCUCUUCCGGUUGA